AUGCAGGCCUGGGGAAAAGACCAAAAGGUUGGAUUGUCCAUGUUGCAACUAAUGGCCGAUCCCGCCGGAGAACUCACCAAGGCUCUCGACAUGGAGCUCACUCAUCCUGGGCCUAUUUCUAAGGGUAUUGUCGGUAGAUGCAAGCGCUUUGCCUUGUAUGCCGUCAAUGGAGAAAUCAAAGCCAUUAAUGUGUCGGAAUCGGAAGACGAUCCAGCUGGUGAUGAUAACCCUGAAGAUACUUUGGCGGAAGGCAUGUUGAAGGCCAUAGAAGCCUCAAAGUAA